AUGUUUUCUUUCGGUCAGCGGACAAGUACUGUCGCAAUUCUAGUACUCGUUGUCGGUGUAGCCCAUGGAGCUGCGCCACCUUCUCUACCACCCCAGUCCGUUUUUAUAGACCCUCUCUCGUUUGCCGUCCUUGGCCAAAACGCGACGUUCCGCGAUUCUGCGUUUGAUUCGGGGUUCAAUCCCUCCUCUACUCCUACGCCAUUCUUUCAAAUACUCAAUGAAGGAUUCCUCAAUAUUCUUGGCCAAGAACCUUCCUUCCACGAAAUUGCUUCAAACCCGGACUUCGGGUUUGCGAAUGAAGCACCUGUAUACUUCCCGGACACAGAUGAGAUAUUCUUCUCGGGCUCGGCAUUCCCUGGAAAUACGAACAUGUCCAAUCAAGUUAACAGGGUCAGUAUGUCUGAAGUUGAGGACGCCCUGAGGGCUAGUAAUGGAUCCGCCGUAAAUGUGACUGUUACUCCGAUUGACCUUCCGAGUACCGUACUAUCGACGAACGGAGGGACAGGACCAUUUCGGGGUUCCCUGUUGUUUGUGGGUGACGGCCUUGGUGCUCGACCUCCAGCCGUCACUCUCGUGAACCCACGACCGCCUCACAAUGCGACCGUUCUCCUGGAUAACUUCUUCGGCCGCCAAUUCAACUCUCUGAAUGAUGUCAAGAUCCAUCCGACGAGCGGCAAGAUCUUCUUCUCUGAUGUCCCAUAUGCAUUCGCACUGAACAUUCGGCCUGCGCCUUUGAUGCCGAACCAAGUUUACAGAUUUGACCCGGACACCAGGGUUGUUCAAGUCGUCCUAGAUGGGCUUGUUCGGCCCAACGGGAUAGCCUUCACCCAAGAUGGACGUACGGCCUAUGUGUCUGACUCUGGUGCGCUCCAAGAUCUCUCAGGAACUACGGCCUUCCAAACUCAACCCGCUACCAUCUACGCCUUCGACGUGGACCCUGUUACUGAAAGAUUCCUCAAUCGACGUGUCUUGGCUUACAUCGAUGCAGGGAUUCCUGAUGGACUACAGGUCGACACCAAUGGGAAUAUAUACGCAGCCACUGGGGAUGGUGUCCAGGUUUGGACCCCAGCGGGCACGUUGCUGGGGAAAUUCUUCGUUGGAACGCGCACGGCCAAUAUGGUGUUUGCAGGCUUCGGGAGGCUUGUCCUUUUAUCAGAGACAAGAUUGUUUCUGGCGAAGGUCAAUGCGGGAAACGUCAACUUGGAGGGCAGAUGA